UAGGUGCCUACAGGCAACGGCGGUUCAAAUUGUGCCCAGGCGUGCACGAUCGUGCUGGUCAAAGAACGCUGGCUUCAACUCUUGUUCAACCACGCCGCCCGCGAUCUCCGGCGCGUAUUUCCCAACGACAAAGCACACGGGCGUACACGUGUUGUUUGCAUUUACCUAUACACUUACGACCUAACCUUCACUGGCAUUCUUUUCAACCAGAGACUGUCAUACUUCGGACGGCGACCGCGGGGAGAGGACUGCGAACCAGGGCAGCGGGCUGAGCCCUCAACAUCAGAGUGAAUGGGUUGGUAGAGGCUGUCACGGAAACACAAGGUUACCUACUACAAUUCCUACUUCACUAAGCGAUCGAGUGGUCAGCGCCGAACAGGCUGCAGCCAAUACGAAAUCAUGAACGACCAGGCAGGAACCAUGAUUGCAAUACCGAGACAGGACGUGUCGUCGCUGAUGCGCCAAGUCCAAAGCUCGCAGCUGUUCAACCGGCAAUUAGCAUCCAUAUGUCAAGUAAAUGGAUUGAGGAGUACAGGCGUCAAGGCCGAGCUCCAGCACAGAAUCGUCGAUUGUACGUCAGUGAUCACCAUCAGUCCGCAUAGCCGCUAAUAAGCUCCCAGUAAUCCAGGAAACAGCCAACGCAAACGAUAUCUCUCGCUUUUAUCAGGUCAGACAGAGCGUUCUGAAUGCUUUGGCUCAGCGCAGUCCUGCCAAGAACGCGACUGCACGAGCAAAUCAUGCUGCAACGCCGCUGAACAGCAUGGUGAACAUGAACCACGCCAUGCCAACGUACCCAACGUCAUUCCCAUUCGACCCUCUAGGAUCUACAUCCAACGGCCAACACAGACCAAGGCCUCACAUGACGAAUUCUCUGCCUCUUACAUUCAAAUCGAGCCCGUUCUAUCGCGUGGAGAACCCAAUAGGCAACGUGAAAAUCUGCGAAGUUAUGACACAGCACAGAAACACGAUUCAUUGGACGAUUAACAUGUCUGAAUACUCGUCGCUUGCUCAAUGUGUCAACAACCCUGCAUACAAGGUUCUUCUUUUCUGCGCCUCCGACGUCUCUGGCGUGCAAGAUGUUGCGUUUCCUCACCAAUCCGAGUUAAGAAUCAACGGCGCCGAAUUCAAAGCAAACCUACGCGGUCUAAAGAAUAAGCCUGGCUCUACUAGACCAGUUGACAUCACGAGCGCUAUGAGGUUGCGACCCAACUAUAAAAACGACAUAGACUUUACAUAUGCCCUGACAAACAAGAAAUUUUAUCUUCUGAUAAAUGUCUGCCAAAUAUCCACAGUGGCUGAACUGGCAGAGACUGUCAAAACACGCCGACGAAUCCCCAAGGAAUCUGUCAUUGCAGAGUUGAACAAAAAGGCACAGGACCCAGACGUGGUCGCAACAGCUCAAGUGCUUUCACUGAAAUGUCCCCUCUCAUACAUGCGUCUAGAUGUCCCCUGUCGAGGCAUGGGAUGCACGCAUAUCCAGUGUUUUGAUGCCACAUCGUAUCUUCAACUCCAGGAACAAGGCCCACAGUGGCUAUGCCCUAUUUGCAGUAAAUCAGCUCCGUUUGAGCAGUUGGCCGUUGACGAAUACGUAAAGGACAUCUUGGAGAACACGCCAAAGUCUCUGGAGGCCGUUACCAUCGAACCUGAUGGCAAAUGGGUCAUGAAAGCCGAAGAAGACGAGGCGCUGCCCAGUCGACCGGCGGCAACUAACGCACUGUAUGGUGUGGACGAUGAUGACGACGACGACUUCGAAAUAUCUGAAAUCAGCUUCAUCCCCGGACGUUCAUUCGAUAGCCCCAGACGACUGGCAUCUGCUAGUGGCACGCCAACGUCUCAGGCAUCACGCACAAACGGCAAUGCAAACAACAAAAGACCAGCUCCAGUUAUUGACUUGACGCUGUCAUCUGAUGAUGAAGACGAGCCACCACGACCUGCAAAGCGUCAAAACUCGGCUACCAGCGGAUUCACUCCGACAGCCUUUAGCUUUCCCAGUCCAUCAGUACACAUGACUCUGAAUGGUCCACCAAAUGGGUUUGCUUCAUGAAUCAGGUGUGAAUACCUGUUUUAUUUUCCCACCAGCGAUAGUUUUUGGCGUUUUGGAAAGAGGGUGGAUAAACAAGAGAGAUUCCCCCUUGUUUGUACAGCAUAUGGAAAAUGGAAAAUGAUUCUUCAGCACGGAGUCGGAAUUGGCUUGUCUUUUCAUAUGCAUUUUCGUAGAUACAAGUUUGCAUUUGCCAUGAAUUCGGUAGAGAAGCAAUAUAGUAUUUGUAAAACAAUUCAUUUUAUUCUAUCAAAAUGUAACUAUAGAUAUGAUGCUGAGUACGCCGUAUUAAAUUCAAAUCCGUUAUUGUCCGUCCAUGCGACAUUUGUGUCUUUUUUUUGCCCUCUAGAUUCCGCCUCAUUGAUUAUUCGCCCGCUAAUAAAAUAAACAUUUUUUAGUUCCAAGAUUCAAGGUUCUUGAUGACGCAACCAGCGACGCCCUCCUCACGUCGAACAAGACGGCCGAGUCUCGAGACCUUCUCAGUAGCACUAAGAGCAUUCGCGACAGCAUCAGCCUUGCGAGCAUCAACAGCAAUGACCAUACCGACACCACUGUUGAAGGUGCGGCACAUCUCAGAGCCAGCGACAUUGCCGUUGGUCUUGAGCCACUGGAAGACAGGAGGGAUUUCCCAUGUGCCAAAUUCGAUCUCAGCAGUGAGGGAUUCAGGCAACAUGCGGGGAACGUUCUCAACAAGGCCACCACCAGUGAUAUGAGCAAGGCCCUUGAUGUCACCCAGGAUAGGCAAAAGACUCUUGACGUAGAUGCGCGUAGGGGUCAAGAGAGACUCGCCAACAGUCUUACCAGCAUCCCAAGGAGCGGGAGAAGAGUAGUCAACACCAGUAGCCUGGACAAUGCGACGGACAAGAGAGAAUCCGUUGGAGUGAACGCCGUUGGAGCCAAGACCGAGGAGAACGUCUCCUUCGGUCAUGUUGGAGAGUUGAGGCAACAUGGCAUCGCGAGUGACUGCACCAAUGGCGCAACCGGCCGCAUCGUAGUCCUCACCCUGGUACAUGCCAGGCAUUUCAGCAGUUUCACCACCGACGAGGGCACAGCCCGACUGACGGCAUCCCUCAGCGACACCUUCAACAAAAGCAGCAGCCGAUGCGAGGUCAAGCUUGCUGCAACCGUAGUAGUCAAGGAACAUAAGCGGGGUGGCACCCUGAACAAUCAAGUCGUUGACAUUCAUGGCAACAAGAUCGAUACCAACAGUGUCAUGCUUCUUCAUGGACUGGGCAAUCAUCAACUUGGUUCCAACGCCGUCAAUAGCACCGACAAGGACUGGGGCAUUGGUGUAACCAGCGACAGCGAGAUCGAGCUCGCCACCGAAUCCACCAAUGAUGGCAUCAGCACCGGCACGCUUGGUGCUGGCGACAGCCUUCUUAAUCUUCUCGACAAAGUCGUUACCGGCCUGGAUAUCGACACCAGCCUGGGCAUAAGUCAUGGAAGUCUUGCUAGCGUCACGGAAAGCGCGGUGGGCAAUAUCCUUGCGGAAGAACAUGCCUUCAAAGUCAAUGACCUUGGUAGCAAGAGCAGCGUAUGAGGCAUCAACGGCGCUGCGGAGAGAGUCGCUAACGGAGUUGAUAGCAAUCACACGGCCACCAGCGGACUGGAGCUGGUUACCGUCGAGCUUAGUGCCGGCAUGGAAAAUAGUGCUGCCAGCAGGGGGUGCCUGGACGGACAUGGGGGUACCCUUGGCGUAAGAUCCGGGAUAUCCUCCAGCGGCAACGACUACGGUGGCGCUGAACUUGAGAUCGAUUGUGAGGGUGCAGUUAUCAAGAUAGCCGCCAGCGCAAGCAAGCAUGACUUCGGCCAAGUCUGUAUCCGCGGAGAGCAGAGGCAGGACAGUCUGUGUUUCGGGGUCGCCAAAGCGAACGUUGUACUCGAGAACCUUGGGUCCUUCGCUGGUAAUCAUCAGGCCGGUGAAGAGGACACCGCGGAAAGGCUGCUUCUCCCGUCUCAUACCCAAAAUGGUGGGCUCUAGAAUCUCCUUGUCGAUCUUGUCGGUAAGCUCCUUUGUGGUAAUGUUGGUGGGGGCAUAGCAGCCCAUGCCGCCAGUGUUGGGGCCCUGGUCACCGUCGAAGAUGCGCUUGUGGUCCUGAGCAAGGGGAAGAGAUCGAAUGGAGUAGCCAUCACAGAAAGUCAGGACGCUGAGCUCAUCACCAAGCAAAAGCUCUUCGAUAACGACUUCGCUACCAGCAUCGCCAAAAGCCUUGUCCACCAUAAUCUGCUUCAAAGCCUCCUUGGCCUCGUCCUUGGUCUGGGGAAGCACGACGCCCUUUCCAGCAGCAAGACCAGUCGCCUUGAUGACAACGUCGUGGUUAACUCGGUCAAUGUAGGCAGCGGCCUGCUCAUAGUCGGAAAAGUUCUCGUACGCAGCGGUAGGGAUGUUGUACUUCUUCAUGAAAUCCUUGGAGUAAGUCUUGCUGCCCUCCAGUCUGGCGGCUGCUUCAGAAGGGCCAAAGCAGGCAAUGCCAGCUUUUUUGAAGUGACCUUCGAUGCCAGCAACCAGAGGCGCCUCUGGUCCAGGGACAACGAGUUCAACGCCGUUGUCCUGAGCAAACUUGACGAGACCAGGAAAGUCUUCAGCAGAGACAGAGGUGACGUUUUGAACCUUGGGGCACGUAGCGGUACCACCAUUGCCAGGGACAGCGAAGAUCGACUCUACUCGAGAGGACUGGCUAAGCUUCCAUGCAAGAGCAUGCUCGCGGCCACCGUUGCCGAUGAGAAGAAUCUUGAGGUCGGCCAUUAUAAAGGCGGGUGUAAUUGUUCGUGGAGUUUUCGACAAAACAGCGCUUUGUUCCAAUUCGAGUAGAAAUGGAAGUCUAAAGUGGAAUUUUAGACCCGAAUAAGACUACUCUUAGAGCAACCUAGGAGGCUGAAUUUCGAAUGUAAGGCGGUUAGAAAAAUAAGAGAUGAGACUUUUUUUUGUUCUUGUUAUCGAAAAGGC